ACAUAAAUCUCCCCUCUUUUAAUUUGAAGCCAUUCCCCCUUGUUCUGUUACUAUCAGACCACGAAAAAAAUCAGUCCCCAUCUUCUUCUUCAAGUACUUUAAGGCUGUGAUGAGAUCUCCCUGGAGUCUUGUCAGAGUAUGUUGCUUCAUACCCUUUUAGGAUCCUCUCGAUGCAUUUCUUUGUGAUCAAUAACAUCCGUUUACUCCUGCACAUUGGGCAAACAGCCUCUGGAGCAGAACCUGGGGCUCUGGAAGACAGGCAUUUUUCUGUUCUAAACCUACCAAAGCAGCCUCAGGAAAGCAGGCAGGGGAGGGCACGUCCCUCGUGGCCAAUCCCCUUAGUGUGGGAGCAGCAUAGGAGUGGAGGUGGCAAAGUCAGGUAGGGACCUGCCGUGGUGACAAUGAAAUGGGCAGACCUUAGAGCUCUCUCCUGCUUGUCAGGGGAAUGCUGUGGGCUGCCAGCCCCAUGCAACAUGAGAGCAGUGAGUGGGAGAGCCGCAUCCCGCCUGCCCUGCAGAUUAACCUCGGUGCCACACAUCGCUACCUCCAGAAGGGCUGCGGCGCAGGAACCGAUGCUCCAUCAGCACCAGGAGAAAUAGGUAAAGACAAGCGAUAAAAUCCACUGUGUAAAAGGAGAAGACACGUGGCAUCUUGGCACCAGUACUAAUGAAGCUAACAGCCUUCUCUACUUUCUGUUUUUGGCUGGCUCUCUUUUUGGCUGGCUUCCUCGGCAUAUGCAUUACUGACAGUUUUAUGGGAAGUCAGAAGAACCAUACACUAAUUUUCACCAGGGAAAGCAAUAUUCGCAACUGCAGUUGCUUGGCGGAUAUCCGUGACUGCGACUACAGCCUGGCAAACCUGUUGUGCAAUUGCAGAACAGUGCUGCCUUCUACCAUGGAAAAAACUGACUACAAUAGCGACCUGACAAUUUGGUUCACAGACACCUCUGUGCUGGAGAUGCUCCUCAACUUCACAAUGGUGUGGGAUUUGAAGCUCUCCUUCUGUGGCACUACUCCUCUACCAACAGAAUACUUGACCAUUUGGGGACUGAGAAAACUCCGGGUAAAAAAUAAGGUCAAGGGACAAUUUCCAGAGCAGAGCGUAACCAUCUACAGUAGCAGCAAGAAUGAAAAAGAAGAUCUACUCACAAUGCACAACAAAGACAGGCAAAUGUUAGUAUACAUUUCUUUUCUGGAUACCUCUCUUUUCAAUGGAUAUUCUUUGCUGAAGUCGUAUAGUGUGGAAAAUGUCUCUAGUAUCACAGAGCACUUUCACAACCUGCUGUACUCCAAUGUUUUCUCAAACUCAGAUAACAAAAGUUAUGUUGUAACAUUCAUUUACUGAGUUCUCUAGCACAGUCAGCCAAAGGCAUGGCAACUGCUGAGAGAGAGGUGGGACUCUGUUUGGUUUGGCCAGAAGGAGUCAUUACAGGAUGAAAAGUUUGACUGUGUACUCUACAAGGAGGCGUUUGAAGUAAUACAGACUCUUCUGACUAUCUCAGUAAACGCUUCCUUAAAGAGCAAAGCACACAUGAAACAAGGUGAAAGCAUCACUACAAAUCUUUUAUAUUGUAAGUUAGGAACCGAACACACGCUCUGUUCCCUGACAAUCUUGGUCGCUCUCCACUGGGCACAUUCUGGUUGAUCAAUACUUUUCUUCCAAUGAGGGAGGCCCAAACUGCCAGUAGUACUCUGCACGCAGGGUGAAUAAUCUCUUGCCUACAUUUACUGGCCUCACCCCUGUGCUGUGAGGUUCAAGGCAUUUGGAACAGGCUGCCCAGAUACGUUGUCGAUACCCAUCCCUGGAGGUGUUCAAGGCCAGAUUGGAUGGGACCCUGGGCUGCCUGGUCUAGAAUUAAAUGCGGAUGUGGAUGGCUCUGCCUGUGGUAGGGGAGUUGGAGCUUGAUGAUCCUUGAGGUCCCUUCCAACCCAAGCCAUUCCAUGAUUCAAAGAAUCUAUGAUUCUAUGAUUUGAGAUGGUUACAAGUUACCAGAGAAAAACUGAGAGUGCUGGUUUUCCUUGCCCUCUGCUGAGUCCUCAGAGCUGGGAUCCCCAUGCUCAGCCUGGGUGACAGAGCCUCUUAGGACAGCAAAGGCAGCUUUGCAGUCUGCUUCCCACCUCGGCAUAACCAACGGUGCAUUUGUGAGAUGGCCAGCAAUCUGUUUUGGCUAGAAGUAUGGUGGGCUGGAUUUUCAGUAUGUGAUGGAGGGUGCCCAGUCAUGUAGCAGGGUACUCUCAUUUUCCAUUCAUCAUGAGAAAGAGUGGGCAAGAGGUCACCCUGCAAAAUGCCUUGAUUAUAAAGGUGUUUUUCCCAUUGAUGGCUCCUUUCCCCAAAUACAACAAAGUUGAUUUCAUCUUUUGUGCUAAUGGUAAACUCCCUGUCUCUAAGAGAAGGAGAAAACAAGCCAUCCUGCGACUCAUCUGAUAGGUAAGGCAAGGCUUCAGGCAGACAGGUAUCAGCUGUACUGAGGGAGAAAGAUUGCCAUUCCCUGAAAAACAUCAGGACAAUGUCAAUAGCCAAAAGUCUACUCCUUGCCCAUGUCUGCAGGAUUCACAUUCUAUGAGACACAAUUAAGGCUGGAAUCAAUGUGUAUAGUAUAAUAAAGUCCAAACAGAAUUGCAGUGCCAGCAAAGGAUUACAUUUUUCUCUUAAUCUGGGAUAAAAUACAUGUACCGAGGGGAACAGUUAUUAGAUUCUGAGGAACCAAUGAAUUUGUUUCAUUAACUUUAAACUAAGCCUUGCUCAUAAUUAUAAUCAAUGGUGAAGCAGUUUUGCUAGGUAACACAACUCAAUUUUAUUUUUUUUUACAUACACUUAAUUACUGCAGGCUUUGCCACUGAAAUCAACUGUAUAAUAGCUAUUAGGAUAAUCAGGUCGAUUUGCAAUUGAAAAUUAACAGAUUUAAAGACAUUGGUGUUUAUGGGCUGAGGAGUGAACUCAAUUUAACUCAGAGAGCUAUUCAAUCAGCUAUUGUACAGACUUUUGUCAUUCGUCAGCACCUUGAAAACAAAUUAAAAGUUUUUUUCCACAAAUGAAAAAUAUUACUUGUGAACACUCUAUGGUCACAAGUUACAACAUGGUUAGGAGCUGAAGCUAAGGUGACAGAGGUUAGGAGCAGGGGUGUUUUUCUGAGCAUGUACUUGCCUGGUAUGGAUUAUUGAAGAAUAUAAAUCAUCCUGGCUCUGCAAAACUACUAACAUAAACUGGCUGGUCAUUAACUCUGCACAGGAUACUCUUGUUAAAAACAAACAAACAAACAAACACAUAAUAUAUUGAUUUCUAAAUCUUAUUAAUCCUCUCUUAAAAGUCAAGCCUAAAUCUUUUUCAGUGAAUUCACUGAUGCUCUGCUGCCCUCUAGUAAAAAAUGUGCUGAAUAACACAGUAACACACUACUGUAUUGCCAGGGUAGCAAUAAUUGCUGAGGUUACUGUUUGAAACUCACAUGCAGAGCAGAAACUGAGGACGUGUGUAUUCUGGCUUUCUUGGGAAGAAAUCACAUUAAUAGAUCUGUGUGCUUUUUAAUGCUGUAAAUUAAAGUUUUGAUUACCCUUGCCACAGCUGUGUUCUGAAUAAUGAUAAAAUAAAAGAUAUCAUAUUCGUGUGUACAAGUAAACACUGCAGAAAUCUUCAAGGAGUCAGGGAAAAUCCUGCUUUCAGUUACAUGAUUGGCAGAAAUCCACAGCACUAAUAUUGCAUUGAUCUUUGCAGUUCAUACAUUCUUCUCCAACAGAUACCAAGAGCCUGAUUCUCCCAAUUUACUUUUGAUUUGGUUUUGCCAUAUAAAAGCACCACUUUAGAAGCUUACAGAAUUUCUUCACAGCAAUUCAAAGAGCUAAAUACAAAGCAAAGUACAUAACGCAUACAACGUGAGAUUUAUUAAUUCUGUUAGCAGAGGUUUCUUUUCUUUGUAUCUGGACAACCUGCAAUGAUACAUUAAGUAUCACGCUGCAGAAAUGAUUACAUAAUUUCAUAGAAUUAUAGAAUGGCUU